CCGGCUUAACCUUAAUCCCAUUUCUUUCGUUCUUUUUAGCCCAAUUUUCUAGCGCUGAAGCUGCAAUUUGAAAAGACAAAAACAAAGUAGCCCUAGAAAGAAGAAAUAGUAAGUUGAACCCAAAAUCAUGGCUUCUUCCGGCGACUGCAGCGAAGAUGACGGCAGUAUUUCUUACGGCGAUUACAGCGAAGAUGACGACCGUAGAAAUAGUAUUUUUUCCGGCGACUACAGCGAAGAUGACGGCUUUAGUGGUUGUAUGUCUUGCGGCGACUACAGCGAAGAUGACGGCUUUAGUGGUAGUAUUUCUUCCGACUACUGCAGCGAAGAUGACGGCAGUAUUUCUUCCGGCGACUUCAGCGAAGAUCCUCCACCGUCGAAGAAACAGGAAGUAAGUGAAGUUGAAGGACCCCUAGACGACUAUAUCAGUCAGUUGCCGGACGCAAUCCUUGUUCAGAUUCUCUCUCUUUUGCCUACGACAGAGGAGGCGUACGCGACAUGUGUUCUCUCAAAAAGGUGGCAGCAUCUCUGGACCUCUGUUUAUAACUUCUAUUUCAGUCAUAUUCGCGGGAAAUCAAAACGCUUCCUAUCAUUUGUGGACUAUGUGUUAGCUCAUUCCGUUGCUUCCAAAAUUAAAAAGUUUGAGAUCGACUGUAGUCGCCUGUUUAAAUACAAGUCCCAAAUCGGCCGAUGGCUUAGUUUUGCUGUUGACAAAAAUGUGGAAGAUGCUAUAAUAUAUUCUGAUUCUCACGUUUGCAUAUUGCCUGAAUCUUUCUUCACCUGUUCGUCGUUGAUAACGUUACAUCUUGUUGAUAGUUGCUUAGUUUCUGAUAUUGUCAUAGCGUGGAAGUCUCUAACGAGCAUCAAGUUGGAGGAUAUGGUGGUAGUGGAUGCCGAAAUUGUGAACAUACUCUCAGGGUGUCCUUCUCUGGAAACUAUUGUAUUUCAUAAGGUUGGGGGCUUUCGUCGCCUCGAAAUUAAAUCUUCAAAAGUGAAAAGCCUGGCAUUGGAAGGUUAUUGGCUAGAUGAAGGUUAUUGGCCGGAUGAUGAUGGAAGUGGAAGUAAUCGUUCCUUUGAAAUUUUUGCCCCGUAUCUUCAGCAUUUGGAGCUUUCAAAAGAUUUUUAUGAUUUCAGGUGUAGGCUUGUAGAUGUGUCCUCCUUGGUUGAUGCUAAGAUUACUUUCGACAUUAAAUGUUUCAAAGAACUUCGGGAUAAUCCUGAUCAAGAUUCUGAUGAUGAUGAGGAAGAAAGUUGUCAUGAUUUUCAUCAACGUUUUAAGACCCUCGUCCAAGAUUAUCUUCAACAGCUGAGAUGUGCAACCAGGUUAACAAUCGGAACUUGGUUCACUCAGGUCCUGUGCAUAUUGCAGUUCAAAGAGGUGCCAAUUCCAGAUUUGAAAUGCAAAUAUCUAGAGUUAGAGUUGCACUUGGAAAAGUUUAAUUUGUAUGGAGCAGCUUGGAUUUUGCGAGCCUCACCUCUUGUGGAGACAGUCGUCAUAGACGUUGAAAAUCAGCCUUUUGAUGAUUUCAGGUGUCGCUUUGAGUUUGAAUACUUGGAGAAAGGUGAUAACAUUGAUCUGCAGAGAUAUAUUUCAGGCUUUGUCUUUCCCAACCUAAAGAAUGUUAAGAUUGUCAUCUCUCCCGGGAUGUGCUUGGAGGAUCAUCUCGGAUGGGAAUAUAUCAGGAAGCUUGUCAAACUUUCAAACUUUCUGUUAAAGAAUGCACUGAUUUUGGAGAAGUUUGUCAUCGUAUCAAGCAGACGAAGGUGUGAGAUAUGUUAUACCAAAUGUGUGUCCCGAUAUUUAUCUCGAUUGGCUAAGAAGCUGUCAAAUUGCCCAAGAUCCUCCGCCAAUUCUGUGAUUAUCUUCCAGGAAUGAACUUUCUAUGACUUGACUGCAAGUAUUUCUGUCUCAGGGUACAAGAAUGUUUCCUUAUAUUAAGUUUCUGAUAAACUUAAUGCAAUCACGAAUCUUUAACUAAGCUAUUAACUAAUUACUGCCCUUUUGAACUUA